AUGACUUAUCGGCUAGACUUACGUGGCAAGUGUCAUGUCAAUGAAAAUCAUCAAUAGAACAAGUAGUGUUAGAAUUACGCGUGGCAACUUUUAGCAGCAUCAUUUAAUACACCGAAAAAAUUUUUUGUAAAUUAUCUUUAGAGUAAUUCUUGUCAAAGUAUGUGUUAAUUGUCAUCAGUUUUUAAAAGAAAGAUAUGCCAGAAAAACGCCAAAAAAUGGGCACCCUUCGUGCUUUAAUUCUUGUUGGAGGAUAUGGAACUAGACUGAGGCCUUUGACUCUUAGUAGACCAAAACCACUUGUGGAAUUCGCUAAUAAACCUAUGCUUAUGCAUCAAAUUGAAGCAUUGGUGGAAUCAAAUGUAACAGAAAUUAUUCUUGCUGUAUCAUAUCGUGCUGAGCAAAUGGAAAAAGAGCUUACUGCUGAAGCGGCGAAACUUGGUGUCAGUUUGAUUUUUUCUCAUGAAAGCGAACCUCUAGGAACUGCUGGACCGCUAGCACUUGCACGUCAAAUAUUAACAACAAGUGAUGAGCCAUUUUAUGUACUAAAUUCCGAUAUUAUUUGUGAUUUUCCAUUCAAACAACUUCUUCAGUUCCAUAAAUCACAUAAACGAGAAGGCACGAUAGUUGUGACAAAAGUGGAGGAACCAUCAAAGUAUGGAGUAGUUGUGUAUGGAGACGAUGGAAAAAUUGAAAGUUUUAUUGAAAAACCGCAGGAAUUUGUUUCGAAUAAAAUUAAUGCUGGUAUAUAUAUUUUAAAUCCAAGCGUGUUGAAUAGGAUAGAAUUAAGACCAACCAGUAUUGAAAAAGAAGUAUUUCCUGAAAUGGCAUCAGAUGGACAGUUAUUUGCUAUGGAACUUCCAGGUUUCUGGAUGGAUGUUGGUCAACCUAAAGACUUUUUAACAGGAAUGUGUUUAUAUCUUGCAUCACUGAGACAAAAGUCUCCAGAAAAACUUUACUCGGGAGAAGGAGUUGUAGGCAAUGUAUUGGUUGAUCCUACAGCCAUAAUUGGCAAAGACUGUAGAAUAGGCCCUAAUGUUACGAUAGGACCUGGAGUUACCUUAGCUGAUGGUUGUUGUAUCAAACGUUCAACGCUUCUUCAGUCUUCAACAAUAAAAGAACAUGCAUGGCUAGAUGGAUGUAUUGUCGGAUGGCGAAGCGUAGUAGGAAGAUGGGUUCGAAUGGAAGGAAUUACAGUUCUUGGUGAAGAUGUUAUUGUUAAAGAUGAGCUAUACAUCAAUGGCGGACAAGUUUUGCCACAUAAGAGUAUUGCUUCAUCGGUUCCUGAACCACAGAUUAUCAUGUGACAAUUUUUUAUCUAUAAAUUCUGAAAAACAUAAAAUCUAUGUUUAUUUCAAAUAUUUGAAAUAAAAUUAGAGAUAUUAAAUUACUUUUCAUAUGUAUAAAAAUACGGCUGGCAUA